UUUCACUUCCCCUCUGAUCCUAGUUGAGCUGCUUGUUCAGAGAGCUUGCAGUGUUUGACUUGCUUGCAACACGGGAACAUUACUGUUGAGCUUGCCGAUGUGACGAAGGUUUUCUUACAACCUAAGGUGACUCAUAGAAGCCAGAGCUUGCAAUAAUUUAUGGCACCGAGGAAUCAUAACAGCAAAAGAAAGGUUUGCUUACAAUUCUUUUGUAGCCUUCAGCAAUAUUACCGACACAUAUAAAAAUCUGUUACAGCCGUGGACAAUCCUCGAAACAUAUUUAGAAGUUACUUACAGCUUUGGACAACACAAGAGAAAAAUUAGUUUGUGAAAUUUGGAAAUAACAGAUCGUCAAAGAAAAAGAAGAAUGAACAGAUCUAAAUGCUUUGGUAAAAUAAAGAAAAAGCUGGAGGAAGCCAAAAACAGAUGGGCUAGAAUUACAAAAGUAGAAUUUAGCCACAAUGAGAGUGCUCGUUUGGCAACUGACGCCCUUUUGGAUGGGGGUCUUGAAGCCUACCAGAAAGUUCUCAAUGAUGAAGGAGAAGUGGACUUUCUUUCUGAAGAAGAAGUCAAGUACAUAAAAGCCAAUGCCAAAGAGCCCUACUACGCCAACGAUUUUCUUUCGGAUGGUGACUCGGAGCCUGUAUCAAAUGGAAACCAUUCAGACGAGUCCGAAUGUUUUUACCCCAUGAAUUCAGAUAACAGUGAAUCCAAAACACGAUUACACAACUGGAGCUCCGAGGAUAAGCCGUAUCUCAAAGACAAGUCCAGUGCUACUGUCUACUUCCAAACUGAUAAGAGUAACAAUAUCCGAGAAAGUAUUAGGAGAUGUAUACACAAGACAACGCAGGUACAAUAUGUAAAUGUACAUAUAAUAUAUAUUUAAAUCAAAUCGUGCACUGUGUCUAUGGGGCAUGAUCGAUGGCAAGGAUAAUUAUAGAUGCUGGGGUAGUUUGAAAUACUUUCAAGUGGGUGUCAAUCUUCAGCGCAAAAUUAUUGAGGCUGUUCAUUUCUUUUCCAGAGUCUCUUAUUUGUCGGAUCAAAUCUGGACAGUCUGAUAUGACCCACAAACAGAAGACUUCGUUAUGAUAGCUAUGAUAUGUUCUGUUGUGUAGAAGUAUAGAAUAUUUGUGGAUACUUUAAAAUAAAUCAGCAAAAAGAAUAAUAUAUUGCAUAUUAUAGUCCACAUAUGCCCAUAACUGACUGUGGCAGGUCUAGCACUCUUAUUAAUUCAAAGAAGUGAAAAUUUAGUAUUGGUAUAAAGAAAGCGCAUGUCACGCUAGAACAAUAAGUUUUUUGUUGGUGUAUGUAAUAUGUAGAUCUUCGCUACGGCUUUACACUGAAGGGUGAAUUGUCAAAAUAAUUCCAAAGUGAAUUUCAAACGUCCAUCCAGAAUAACUUAACUAAAAACAAAGAUGACUUUGAGAAUGUUUCCCGUUCAUCAAUUAUGUUCUAAAAUGUAAAAUUCACUUAGAAUUCCUAACAUGACAUUCUUUAGUAAAUACUAAGUGUGUGUCCAAACAUAGACAUGUGUGUCUGUUCCAUGCAAAGUGCUAUACUAAUCUACAUGUGUACUCUGUUGCCAUUAAAAGUGGCAGUAAAGCAGGUUAUGAGUUAGAAAUCUAAAAAAUAAUCUCGUAGAGCUGCAUCGCUUAAAUCAGAGGGCAGGUCCUGCCUAACGAAUAUUGACAGUCACACAGAAAAGUCAUUGUUUGAAAACACAUAAAAACUGCUAACAACAUGUUUGGGUCUUAAGUCAAACUGCUUACGUAAAAAGAGAAAAAUCAUGCAAGCAGUAAAGUAAGGUUAAAGGACCACUAAAGUGCCAGGAAAACAUACUCGUUUUCCUGGCACUAUAGUGCCCUAUAGUGACGCAACCCUCAGGGUCCCCCUCCCGCCAGGCUCUGGGGGGAGGAAGGGGUUAAACUUACCUCUUUCUCCAGCGCCGGGCGGGGAGCUCUCCUCCUCCUCCUCUCCGCCUCCUCUCCUCCUCUUCGACUGAAUGCGCAUGUGCGGCAGGAGCCGCGCGCGCAUUCAGCCAGUCCAUAGGAAAGCAUUCACAAUGCUUUCCUAUGGACGCUGGUGUCUUCUCAAUGUGAAAAUCACAGUGAGAAGCGCGGAAGCGCCUCUAGCGGCUGUCAAUGAGACAGCCACUAGAGGCUGGAUUAACCCUAAUAUAAACAUAGCAGUUUCUCUGAAACUGCUAUGUUUAUAGAAAAAAGGGUUAACCUAGCUGUACCAGGCACCCAGACCACCUCAUUAAAGGACCACUAUAGUGCCAGGAAAACAUACUCGUUUUCCUGGCACUAUAGUGACCCCCUCCCGCCCGGCUCUGGAAAGGGGAAAGGGGUUAAAACUUACCUUUUUCCAGCGCUGGGCGGGGAGCUCUCUUCCACCGAUCCUCCUCUUCUCCGCCCCGUCGGCUGAAUGCGCACACGCGGCAAGAACUGCGCGCACAUUCAGCCGGUAACAUAGGAAAGCAUUCAUAAUGCUUUCCUAUGGACGCUGGCGUGCUCUCACUGUGAAAAUCACAGUGAGAAGCACGCAAGCGCCUCUAGCGGCUGUCAAUGAGACAGCCACUAGAGGAAAUAGGGGAAGGCUUAACCCAUUAAUAAACAUAGCAGUUUCUCUGAAACUGCUAUGUUUAUGAAAAACUGGGUUAACCCUAGCUGGACCAGGCACCCAGACCACCUCAUUAAGCUGAAGUGGUCUGGGUGCCUAGAGUGGUCCUUUAAGCUGAAGUGGUCUGGGUGCCUAGAGUGGUCCUUUAAAAUAGAGCCAUAAAACUUCUCCUACUCAGCUGUAGAAGCAGUGUCUUUAAGGCAGCGUGAUACAUAGUUGAUUGUCUUGUCCAGAAAAUGAAUUAACAAGAAGGUCUCUCUUUCUCCCUCUCUCUCUCUCUCUCUCCUCCCUUUAAUUCUGAAUAAAGGGAUUCUGUAGUCCGGAAUUUUAGGUUCCCUUCUCUCCGUCACCUUUUUGUUCACCCCCUUUGGUAUUAAAAAUGUAAAUUCAUAAAGUUUACUCAUAGAGAAACAAUGUAUUAGAAGUAUGCAUGCGCGAGCAAACGCUGCGCUCCUCCAAUCAAGUGCCGCUGUCAGCUAUUUGAUGCCAGGACCGAGUUCCACUCGAUCCUGUAGGAGGAAUCGCCACUCGUGGUUGUCAGGAAGAUAGCCACUAGAGGUGGAUUUAACCUUUAAUGUAAACAUUGCUGUUUCUGCUAAAUGAUAGAGCCACUGCGCCCAGACCACUUUAUAGAGAUGAAGUGGUCUGGGUGACUUCCGUGAUCCUUUUGUCAUGAGAUGACCUUAGGUGGCCAUCUAGAGCCUUGCGGUAAGUCUGCGGCCCUGGAACAAUUAAUUUGCUUGGCCAUAUUCACCUUCCAUUUGUGAAGAAUGAAGGGGGGCUCCAAACCAUUACCCUUCCCACGACCAACUCUGUCUGUCUCUCUGCAAAUCUCUCCUUUCAAAUCUCAUCUUUGUAUCCCUCAUCUUCCCCAUCUCUCUUCCAUCGCCCUAUCUACCCACAUAUAUCUCUAAUCUACUUACAGCUAUUUCCCUCUCUCUUACCUUACCCUUUUUCUUUAUUUUGUACCCACUUUUCAGCAUUCCACACAAACAAGAUAUGACAUGUAGUCCUUUCAAUGUCACAAAAAAGACAUCACCAACAUCUAUAGGGUUAAAGAGAGGUCAAAGCCAUUACCUUGGGGUGAAAAGCUAUGGCUCAUCAUUUAAACCACAAAGCUUAGAUAGAUGUUAGUAAACUUUCUGAGAAUGAUCUCAGUAAACAACAAAAUAAACCGCCCAUUUGAACCCCUUUAUGAUAGACAAUGAUUCAGAGCCGGCACAAUAUCACAGGAUCCUUCGAUGCUCCCCGGUGGACCGGUGACUCUCAAGCCGCAGCUCUUGCUAUUCAUUGGCCGAGAGCGGCAUCUGCUAUCUCUCAGCCAAUGACUGACUUUAUAACGUUGCACAUAUAGACUCCAGGCACCAUCACUGAAGUUGUUAUGGUGCUUGCAAUAAUCCUUUAACUCCUAGUUAAUGAUAACUCCAUUAAUGAUAAGCAAGUCUUAAAUUAUUAUUCUUUUCAAGAAUUUGAUGUAUUCUACUAUUAGACUGUAUAUAGGCUGUUUACAAUCUUCUGGUAUACGUAAGCGAAAUGACUAAGUGGCCUAUUUACUAAACUCAACAGCGUUGUGUCUCAUGCACAAACAGAAAGUUAUCCCGUUACCGAAUCUGUUUUCCCAGACUCAUUUUCUCUUGGCAGGAGUCUGAAAGGACAGAUAUGGUUUCUGUUAUGUGAAGUGACACAUUAAUGUUGUUUGAAUAUGUUGCAGAAACUUUUCUUUUACCAUUAGGAGAGCUAAUUAACUCUCUGAUACAGAGCAACUUUCUGAUCCAUGCACAUAAGGCAAUAAGACUGAGCAUCCAUGAGUACCGCAGGCUCAACACACAGCAGAGAGGAUGAGGUCCACCGGUACUGCUCAGAUAGCUGGUGACCUCAUUGCUCUAUGAACGUAUUGCAAAAAACAGGAAAAAAGUUUAAAUGAUUUUGACCCAAUAUCUCUUUAAAUGGUGGCACAGUGAAAAGAGGGAAAAAGAAGGAAGGAGAUUGUAAAUGUGGCAACGUCAAAAUAGUUAUGGUCAAAACCUUUCUGCUUUUUACACUGAAGACACUUUGAUAAAUUUGACACUGUGUUGAAAUCGACAUGCUGGGACAUUUCUUUACUUUCUUUACUUUCUUGUUAAUGUCACUGCUUUUGAACUGGGAAAUCCAGGUUUAAAUUCCAGUCUGGCCGCCUCAUCAGUCAAUGUCUUUGAGCAAUAAACCUAGCGAUAUAUAUCUGCCUUCCUUAAACCCUCCUAGAUUGUAAGCUCAUUUUAGCCAGGUCUUCUUUACCUCUAAAUAACCCCUUUGUAUAAUUGGAAUGCGCCGAGGCAUAGGUCGGUGCUAUAUAAAUGCAAAUAACAAUGCAUAAAUAUAUAAACUAUAUAAGUGAAGUUGCAAAAAAGUUCAAUUUGAGCAAAAAAAUUCAUCUAUUUUUCUCAAUUAUUUACAAUUUGUUAUUGGCACCAGUUGUUCUCACAUGUUUUUGUCAGAGGCUCAAACUAUGUGCUUGUCACUUUUUGGGUGGCUCUUUCUUCAACUUUAAAAUUUCCUCACUCACCCAAUAUUCCUCUGUAAUAAUAUUUACUACAAUGCAAUCUAUUCCACACAUUGCCCUCAGUGUCAGAGGGGGUUCCACUGCACGUCAAUAAAUAAUUUAUAAUGGGAAGACGGUAGUGGCAUGCUUAUUAUAAUGUGCUUGUUCUUAGACCCUCUGAUAUAGAAUGGAGUACCAGUUUUAGGGGCAAUACUUUACUAAACCAUGAAUUGUUGGAAAUUGACCAAUAAAUUGUACAUUUUAAGCUCAAUAACCAAACUGAAACAAAAUUGCCAAGUCAGUUAUGUUUCCAGCUUGGAUAGUUUGGCUUAGAAUUUACAUCUAUCUGAUGAGUUGCAGUCAAGUCACAGUUUAGUAAAUAUAGUGAUCCUGUAGUCAGCACUGCUGCAGGGUUUGUUAUUCAAUGAGUCUUCACAUAUAAAGCGGAAAUGUGCAUCAAGGUUUCAUAAUCAACUUUCACACAUCACAUCGGAGUUCAUUGUUUACGCCAUAUGACACAUCGGAGACUCAAAUGAACUCGUGUACCUUUCAGAGGUGAGAUUGGGUAAUAGACUUCCUCACACCUGGCUCUCCUAAUCCCAUCACUCACUGGGAGAGAAUAUCAUAUGUUGUCAGAGAUUAGCCCAAUUGUAUCAGAGCAUCGGCCACACAGACUGAAAUAAUAAUGGUUUGUGUUUAAAGAUUUUUUUUGCUUCUGUUUAGUUUUCAUUCGACACCCAGGACUAAGAUGCAACUCACAGAAUACUGACACACUAACGCACUGCUUUGGACAACAAAGGACUCCAUUUAAUAUUUCUGGAUAUUUUCAAACAACGUAGUAUUUUUGGAUAAACGUUUAAAAUGAUUUUCUUCAAACUAUAUAUAUAUAUAUAAAACAAUUAUUAAAAUAGUUUUUCAAAUAUUAAAUCAUUUAAAAAGUUUACCCAAAAAUAUCAGAUCAAGGCCAUAAGAAAUUAUUUUACUAUCAAUUAUACAAGAUGCACUAGUGCUUUACUUUUAUUAAGAGAACAUAUUCGCCUUAUUCCCAUUGUGCAUCCUACUGCCUUCUCUUCAGCAGGUAAACGGUGCACACAAACCCGGCCACCCACCUGAUCUGAUAGACAAUGUGAUGGAUCAGACCAGGCAACCUUCUUCCAUUGCUCCAUGGUCCAUUUCUGACACUCAUGUUCUGAUCUAGCCAUCACUGCCUGGCCCUUGUCAUAGUCACUCAGAUCUUUUCGCUUGCCCAUAUCUCCUGCUUCCGAAACAUGGCAAUCAAGAACUGACUGUUCACUUGCUGUCUAAUAUAUCUCACCCUUUGACAGAAGCCAUUGUAACAAUGUAAUCAAAUUUAUUCAAUUCACCUGUCAGUGGUUUUAAUGUUGUGGAUGAUCAGUGUAUUUAACGAUAAAAAAAUAUUAAUGUUGUGGCUGAUCAGUGUAUAACAUCAUUUGGAUUUUUUCCUCUUAUAAUGGUCCGUGAAAUGUACUAAACUUUGAUAAGCUGAAUUUCAUUACUGUAAAAAAAAUGCAAUAGCAUCUGUAUAUUUAUCACAGCAACUGUAGUGCUAGUCUGGGGCAAACCGUUAAAUGCUAAGAGGCAUUCUACAGGUUUCCAUGGUGAUUCUGCACUUUGCCGCAGAAUCGCGUGUGUUUUAUCCAUAUAAUAAUGGCACUAUGUAUAACAUCAUUAAAGGAAGGCGUGUAUAACUCGGGGGCCCAUGAGCCACAUGUGCCCCUGAACUGCUUGUAAGUUUGCACAGUUGCUGCCAGGGCUGCCGGCAGCGAGGGAGCCCAUUACUAACUAUGUUCUUUCUGCACAGCUCCCUCGUGCACCCAGCAGUGACCUGGCAGCUGGGAAACUAUGUAAUCUCAGCAUCGGCAUCACUACAGGGAGUGCGAGGGAUCUGUGCAGGAAGAGCACAAAGAUGCCAGAGGAAACCACUGGCCACAAGGGAGAGGCUCUACUCCAGCCCCCCAAUUGCAAAGUAUUGAGCCUGGGUGGACCGCUUAAUUAUUAAAUGUGUUUGAAUAUGAUUUUUGUGUGUAUGCCAGUAAUUAUGUGUGUAUGUAAUUGUGUGUCUCUGAUUGUGUUUGUGUAGGUCUCUGAUUAUGAUUGAUUAGUGUGUGUCUAUGUAUGUGAUUGUGUGUAUAGGUCUGUGAUUGUGUGUGUGUGAGUCUGUGAUUGUGUAGGUCUGUGAUUAUGUGUGAUUUUGUGUGUGUGUGUGUACAUCUGUGAUUCUGUAUAUAGGUCUGUGAUUGUAUGUGUACGUGUGUGGGUCUGUGAUUGUGUUUGUGUAUUUCUGUGAUUAUGUGUAUUAUUGUGUGUAUAUAUGUGUGUGUAUAUCUUUGAUUGUGUGUAUGUCUAUGUAUAUGUGUGUGUUUGUGUGUAUAGGUCUGUGAUUGUAUGUGUGUGUGUGGGUUUGUGAUUUUGUGUGUGUGUGUGUAUAUCUAUGUGUGUGUAUAUAUGUGAUUAUAUGUAUGUAUGUGAUUGGUUGUGUGUGUGGGUGUGUGUGUUUUUGUAUAAACUUGUGUAUGAAACAUAGAAACAUACAAUGUACGGCAGAUAAGAACCAUUCGGCCCAUCUAGUCUGCCCAAUUUUCUAAAUACUUUCAUUACUCCCUGGCCUUAUCUUAUAGUUAGGAUAGCUUAUGCCUAUCCCACGCAUGCUUAAACUCCUUUACUGUGUUAACCUCUACCACUUCAGCUGGAAGGCUAUUCCAUGCAUCCACUACCCUCUCAGUAAAGUAAUACUUCCUGAUAUUAUUUUUAAACCUUUGCCCCUCUAAUUUAGGACUAUGCUUAGUAGAUAGCUCCCUAAUUUGGUAUCCUUAAAUAUGGCAAAUCCCACAGAAAGAUAAAAAAGAAAUACGGGAGUUAUCUACUAAACACAUGAAAUAUUCAAAUUAAUUAAAAAAGAAAAGGGAUUUUGAUGUUUUAUUAUAUAAAUGAAUUAUAUUAAAUAUUUUAUGUGCAGUUCGAGACAAUUGCUCUUUGCUAAAUGUGGUCUGGAGAAGCCAAAGGUUGGACACCUAUGAUUUGAAGCCUUUUUCAUUUAGAACAUUUAGAAUCUAUCAGAUAUACAGAAAUUGAGAAGUUUCCUUUGGGAAGUGUUUGGGCGAGUUGUGUUUUCUUUUCUUAUUUUCGUUUACUUUUCUUUUUACGUAUUAAGCCGAAUUCACGUUGCCUUGCACAUAUUUUCUAAUUUAUGUUUUCCUUGCCCAUAAAAAAUACAGUUCCAUACAUUGUAUAAGACUCAUGGCUCCAACAUGUUGAAAUUUGAGCUGUAUUUGUUUACAGAACGCCUGCAGGGCAUAUUGGUGAAGGACUAGAGCCCUUACAAUAUGUAUGUAUCUAGAAUUACAGGUAGGUGCUGUCAUGUUACUCAGGGUGAGGACAAUCCCUGCAGGGAGAAUAAAAAAUGCUUGUAUAGAAAUGUUACGUUCUUAACGGCAGCUCUCGUGAAAAUGUAGCUUUUGAUACUUUGUAUUAUAAUUAUUUAUUAUAUUAACAUAUGAUCCUUACUGUCUUAGUACGGUAAAGAAUGCCUACAAGCUCUCAUCUAUCACACACGCAUAGAGACAAAUGUGUUAAAAAUAACAUAACAACAACAAACCUUAAAGAGACACUGUAGCGCACAAACCUGUAUUCCUAACGCCUUAGUUUCCUAGUCCCUAGUUAGUUUAGAGAACACCCCCACCCCAACCGUUUGCAAUACAAAUUGUUCAAAAAUUGUUUUUACUUUUUCCAGUGCCAAGACUCCCUCGGUUCUGAUCAUUUACCUGUGAAUUCUUAUUUAAUGAUAUCUCAGAUGGCUGAUUUGUUCGGACAUUGACUAGAAGGAAUUUGGUUCAUUUGUACUAGGCUAAGCGUAUUUGAUCACAGGUCUGCCAGGCACAUCAUAAUAGUUAGUGAAUCUAGUUAAGCAUGUAGGUGCACAAUCAAAUAACCGAGAAUCAAUCAGUCAUACAGUGUGUGCGAGGCAGAGAGUGUCUGUGUGUUUAAAAAGCUAAGAAAGAGUGUGUAUGUGAAAAUGCUUAAAAAUAUUAUGUAUGUGUAUAAAAGGGAGGCAUGGAUCAAAGAGGAUAAAAAAUAUAACAGAGAGAGAUGGGGAAACAGUAUGCGAGAGAGAUGGGGAGACAGCAUGUGAAAGAGAUGGAGAGAAAUGCAGAAGGCAGAUGCUCAUCACCUGGCAGGGUAGGAUGCUGGACCAGGUAAGCAGGCUAAUCACUGCACAUUAAGGUGGAAUAUGGCCAGGCCUACAGCGGGCUGUGGUGGUUAUGAUGCUUGGAAUGACCCACUAAAUCCUUCUGUUUCUGUAGAUUUGAGACUAAUUGUUUCCCCAGCAGCGGUGGCUUGCGUACGUUAUCAGCUCUAACAGGUUAGGACUCAUUAUUAUUAGUAGUAUUAUUAUUAUAUUUAUAUAGCGCCAACAAAUUCCGUAGCGCUUUACAAUGGGUGGACUAAAAAACAUGUAUAUGUAACCAGACAAGUGUGACGCACAGGAACAGAGGGGUUAAGGGCCCUGCUCAAUGAGCUUACAUGCUAGAGGGAGUGGGGUAAAGUGACACAAAAGUUAAGGGAAUUAUUAGGGAAGUAGAUUGGUAGCAUAGUAUUCAAGGGAGACUUAGUGAGGGUUUUUGUGGAGCUAUUAACAGUUUAAUUGAAAUGAUUUUCUGAAAAAGUGUGUUUUUAAUAAUUUUUUGAAGGAGUGGAGACUGGGUGAGCGUCUAAUGGAGAAGGGAAGGGAGUUCCACAGGAACGGUGCAGCCCUAGAGAAGUCUUGAAGAGGAGCAUCAGAGGUGGAGUACGAACAGAGGAUAGAUGCAGGUCUUCGGCUGAGCAUAGGGUCCCAGACAGAACAUACUUGUGUAUUAGGGAGGAUAGAUAGGUGGGAGUAGCAUUAUGUAGAGAUUUGAAAGCAAGAACCAUAAUUUUAUAUUGAGCCCUAUAUCUUACGGGAAACCAAUGUAAAGACUGACAUAGGGGUGAGGUGUGGGUAAGAGAUCUAGUGUAUGUCUGGAAUGUAAUGUGUUUAAGAUGCAGUAUGUGUGUGAGGAGUGCAGUGAGUGUGUGAGCAGUUCUGUAGCAUAUAUACAUAUAUGUUUGAAAGUAUUGUGUGUGUGUGUGUGAGUGUGUGUGAGUGAGUGAGUGAGUGGUGCAGUGUGUAUGUGUGAGGUGUGCAGUGUGUGUGUCAAGGGUGUAGUGAUGGGUGCAGUGUGUGGGCCUCUCCUAACUUCUAGUAGCUUGUCACGGACAAGACGAGGUCUGGACGGUUCAAUUCUGUUCGAGCUAAUGGGUUACAGGUAAUUGAGGCGUCUGUCUGCUGUGGGUUCAUGGUUUCAUAUAUCAAGAUUUGAGGCUUUAUAAGCUGAAGUUUACUCGACGUUUGCAGGAGCUACUGAAACACAGAUCUGGUCAUGUUUGACAUCAGGCCUCGGCCCCCCUUUUUUUAGAUAUUUUAAUAUGUUGAAAGGUCUAUCCAACAAUAGUAAAUCAUGUGGAAAGCGUAUACAACAAUAUUAAAUAGAGGCCCGUGGAUAAGAAGUUUUCCAAAUGAUUCAAUGCUGUUAGAAAUUUGUUUUCAAAUCCGUUAUCUGCAGAAGUUAUCAUUAAAGUAUAUGGGAAUGUUUGUAGAUAUUGAAUCAUUUGGAGAGUUUAUUAAAAAACCAUGUCUACGUAAGGAUACAUCUGGUCUUCAACACACUAUUUCCCACGAAUUAGACCAACCACUGGAUAAACCAUCACACACAAUCUACAUUUUCUUAUUUACUCAAUGCUUUUAACAGCAACAGAAUAAAAGAAAGUCAGUAGAGUAGAAGUAGUUAAAUUAAUUCCUACAUCCUUCCUCCUCUCUUUCCCCUUCCUUUUAUCCUGUCCCUCACCUCCUUUAGCAAUAUAUUAAUAUACAUCUCCAUGUUUGGAAAGGCCCUAACUUGUUCUGCACUUCUCUGUGCCUUACAUGAAUCGUUCAGCAUUUUAAAUGAAUGCAUUUAUUGAGGAUGCUGGAGAGUAGCCCAAGCCAAUUUCAAUCUAAUACUUAUCUUUGAGAAGCAUUGGGAGGUAGGGUGCCCAUGUUUGGCAGUAGAACACCAUGCUAGCAAUGCUUCUCGUUAAAUGCAAUGUGUGUGCUUAAAGCAAGUAAGGAAGAGCACGUUGAAAUCACUUUUAUUUCCCAUCAAUUCUCACUUUAAUAAAUAACGCUAAAGAUAAAUUCAACGUGGAUUCUACAUUUUUGGCUACAACACCUCGAGUAUUCUGCAUCUUGGCUGUGUUUUCAGGGAAUUUCAUUUUGAAUUCACUUUAAAAUUGGGUAAUAACCCUGUGGGUGUAAUCUUCGGUUCUGGGAUUUAGCACCUGAAUUAUAUACGUCUAUGUACGGGUCUAGUAAUACAGUAUUCUGUAAGUAAGAACGAAUCCAAUUCUAGCUUGAAAUGUGCGUGCUCAAUGUUUAAUACAUUUUAUUCUGCAAAGUCCUAAGGCUAUUCAGUUAAAUAUUUUGUACAUCAACUUUUGAUAAUCCUUAGUGAUUGCUUGACAGUUAUCCGUUUUCACAGAUGUGCUAAACCUAAAAAAAAUGCUUCUUAUUUUUAUUUUUGCUUCAGAGCAAGGGAAAAGGAAAGGAACUUUUUGAUCAUCUGAAGGACACGGAUAAACCGAAAACCAAAUGUCUGGGGCCCAUCAUGCUAAACACCCAAUAAUACGACUUUGAGCAUGAUUAAUAAAUAAUAUAAUAGGAAUCAUACUAUAGUCAUUAGGUUAUAUAUUGUAUAUUAAGUUAAUAUUUAUGCACAUUUAUCAAAGUGAGACUACUCUGGCCUUAAAGGAACACUGUACUCACUAUAACAACUUCAUAUAAUUGCAGUUAUAGUUAUGAUUCCAUCCUUUAAUUUGCCCUGAAACGUUUUAUUUUAUUAGUUGGAAGGCCUGGAAAUGUGGCUUCAAGUCACACAUCCAAGCCUUCUGGAUUGGCGAGCUCGGAAUGCAAAGUCAUGUUCCUCAUACCCAGGCUUAGCAUGAUGGCACGCUCCACAUUCAGAAUGCCAUCACGUUUUGUCAUAGAGAAUCAUUGCACCCGUGAGUGCUGAUGGCAGACUUCGUUUUUGCUCAGAAUUGACAUUAAACACCUGGAACAGAGUUCCGAGCUACCUAAGUCACGUGUGCCAGAGUUGCAACUAGACCUGCUAAAAAGAACAAAUAUCUCAGUAUGUGAAGGUUUAAAAGCAGAAACACUGCACAUACAAACACCGACCACCAUGUCCACUAAAAACAUAUAUGGUCAUGGUGGUUGGAGUAACCCAUCAAGUUUGCAUUGGUAAAUACACACAGUAAGGUGAAACAUGUCCCCCUGUCCCCGAGUUAUGGAAGUUUCCAUGAUAAUAAAAUGUACAUAUUUUUGCCAUGGUUUUGAAUUAAAGUGCUUGGCUUUAAAUGAAAAGACAUUGGAAUAGGGGGGCGGAGCCAGCGCCUGCACAAGCUGGACGUGUCUCGGUGCAGCACCGAGAGCUUGUCCCGAUUAACAAGGCUAUCUCCAGCCACUAAGUUACCUACAAGGAUCCGGUGGGUCUCCCUGGACUCCUUAACAUAUGGGGAAGAAAAGUAAAAAGUACAGAGUGGAUCUGGGCUCAGGCUCCAGAGAUAUCGGAGCGUUAAUGCAUCCGACCGCGCGGCCCGCACCUUCCAAGAUGACGCCGGCUGAGGCCUUCUCCACUCUAUCGUUGGAUUAGGACAGCCUCCAAGAUCUACCUUCUACUUCAUCCCAGGUAUGCUCCGUGCCUCGGGCAUCUCUGGAGAACGGUGAUUCUGCUCCCUCUACUAAAGCAGACAUACAAGCACUGUGGCAGCAUAUCAAAGACAUGUUUCAGGCUGAAAUGGCACUAGUCCGGGAGGAAGUUACCACACUCACUAGCAGAGUGGAAGCGGUGGAGGGAGACAUGGAAAGCACCAAACUGGCACAAUCUGCCACAGAUGCUGCUCUGGGUUCAUUACAGAAGAAAUGUGAUGAACUGACAACACAACUGGCUAGCAUAGAAGACAAGGCAAAAGCAGGCAAUGUAAGAAUACGUGACGUUCCUGACGCUAUCUCAAACACUGAAUUACCCCAUUACUGCAGGAGGCUUAUUGCCACACUGCUGCUUCCAAAACAGGCCAAACAGCUUCUGGUGGAUGCCUGCUGAUGUCUCCCAAAGGCUGCCAAAGCACUCCAAGACUCACCUACGGAUAUAUUGCUUGUUUGUACCGGACUCUGACCGAGGGGCCCUCAUGGGCGCUGUUAAAGGCUCUCCCACAGUACCCUUCGAGGGUACCCUUGUGCAGGCGCUGGCUCCGCCCCCCUAUUCCAAUGUCUUUUCAUUUAAAGCCAAGCACUUUAAUAGAUUAUUGUUCAGUUCUUUAUAGUUUAUGUGUUAUGCAUUAGGUUUCCCAUACAUCUUGGCUCCGUAAGCUUUUGGCUUGCGCAUUAGUCUAGCUAUUAACCCCUAUGUGCUCAAUUUCUUGCUUUGGGUUUUGUUUGCUAUUUAUUAUAUACUUGCAGUUAAACUAACAAAAACAUUUUAAAAAUGAAAACUAUUAUCCAUAAAGAAAAGUCGGCAAAGAAAUAUGCAAGUGGCUCUGUGUUGUUUACUAUGCUUUUUUUUGUGGUUUUUGAUUCAAUCAACUGCAGUGUUUACUGAAUAACCCUGGGUCACUUACUGUGCAACAGUAGGUAGGUCUGUGUGCUUCAUGUUAGACAAAGCGUCACCUGUGCUCACGUGAAGACAAUCUGAAGACAAAAUUCAAACUUUAUCAAUAAAGACCUGAUUUAAACACAGCUUUUUAAACAAAAUAAUGGGUUGGUGUCCUUUCCAUAAGGUCUUACUGGGGUAUAUCUAUUUCAUUUCUAUGUUGACUCCCCUGAGUGGAAUGCUUUUCUUGACGUAUUUACAUAUCUGUUUGUUACUUAAUGGAAAAAAAAUAAAACAUUUAAAAAAAAUCUUUGUUGUGUAAAACUCCUGCAAACCUCACUGUGCAAUCUAUAAGGAUAACACAGCUUUAAGAACACACAUAAUGAACUGUUGUAUUUUAUGUUUCUAAUCAUACCCAAAAGGUCAAAACGUAACAUCGUAUGGUUGGUGUCUGUCAACGCAACCAUAUCCAUGAUAUAUAAGUAUAUAUCAUGGAUUGUGAUCCAAAAGGACUAAUGACAGACACAAACCAUACAAUGUUCCGUUUUGACCUUUUGGGUAUGAUUAUAAACAUAAAAUACAACAGGUCAUUAUGUUUAUUCUUAAAGCUGUGUUAUCUUUAUAGAUUGCACAGCGAGGUUUGCAGGUGUUUAGAGCUGAUGUUGGCUUUCUGUUGAAAGCGGACUACCGAACAAAGAUUCCCACCUGCUGAUCCUGUGAAGUCAUACUGUUAAAAGAUGUAUGGGAUCAGCUCAGCAUUGCCACAGGGAACUUAUAGAACAUUAUAAUAGGCUGAGUCACUUUCUAAUCUGGUCAAAGCUUGGGAAUUUACAGCAAAUGUCGUAACUUCAAAUGUGAGGAUCUCUUUACGCCUGCAGAGGUAAAUUAUGUGAAUUCUUUCUUUUAGACACGUGUAUACGCAUGAGAUCAGAUACUGAAUUUAUAUAAAUGGAAAUAAACUCUUCACUUUGUAUAAUUUGAUUGGUCAAACAUGUUUUCUUAAAAAUGCUGAACAUCCUGUGAGACUUGUCUCUCUGAUUCACGUGGUGGCAUUGUGGGUAAUAGAAUGUCUGUGCAAGCUGGUUCUAAACCAGCAUUUUCUCUAGAACAUAGGACAAAAAGAUACUUUGACCAUUGUGUAUCUUCACACACGGAUGGUAAAAUGAUAAAUUGUUUUCUGUUCAGGUAUUAGCUAUAAUGAUGGACGAGUUCACGGAUGCUGAAAUAUUCUGCGACGUGCUCGAGGCUGCUAAUAAGAGAAAUAUAUUCGUCUACCUGCUACUUGAAGCCACCAAAGUCCAUCUUUUCAUUAAGAUGUGUGAAAAAUUGCAGGUUAAGGAUGUCCAUCUCAAGGUAUGCUGUAGAGUUAUAUAUUCCCGUAUAGUCAUAUAAUUAAUAAUUAUGCAAUAUAUAGGGGGUUUGGAGACUGGCAAAGCAAUAAUUAAAGCAGAAUUUUUCAGUCUAUUGGAAUCCUAACUCCUUAAUUUUUAAUUGUAAGGGAAAAUAACACUGUAUUGUAAUUUAGGCGAUAUGCAUAAAGCACUGGGCUUUCAGUAUUGUAGUUUAUGAUGAUGUUUCUAAUACCCAUCAAUGGUUUGAUUUUUACAAUAUGAUUAUUUUCUAUCUAUAUAUGUAUCUAUAUAUGAUAUAUGUAUUUCCUACAAACUAAUGUAGAGUUUACCGCUUGUGUAUAUUUACAGAAUGUUUGUGUUAGGAGCGUGUCUGGUGAAGUUUACUGUGCAAAAUCUGGCAAAAAAUUCUACGGUCAAAUCUGCGAGAAAUUCAUCAUAUCUGAUUGGAGAUGUGUUUUGUCUGGGACAUACAGGUAGGUCCAGUUUGACAUGAUCUGAUUAUCAACAUGUUCAUAGAUCAAUAAUAUCCCUACAUAAAUUAUAGGGUAAAUAACCCACAAGAAAUGUAACAAAUCGAAUUUUGUCUAAAAUUUGUCUGAUUCAACUAUUUGGAAGCAUCAGAAUUCCCAAAUAGCCUCAGUACGAAAACAAAACAAAACAAAAAUCAAUGUAUCCAUAAUUAAUCAAAUUGUUUCAUUUUGGAUCCAUUUGUUUUGAUAAAGAUAGCAAAUUAGGGAGCUCUCUACUAAACAACGGAAAGAGCAAAAUUGAGAAAAGGGUUUUUCUUAAUUUUAAUAUUUUGGCUCUUUAGUAUAUAGCUCCCUAAUAUGGUAUCCUUAAAUAUGGGAAGUUUUGUAGAUAACUCCAUGAAUUGGUACCCUUAUGUGGGAUUGCCAUAUUUAAGGAUCACACAUUAGGGUGCUUUUUUAUUUUUUAUUUUUUUUUACAUAUUAUUAAAAAUCUCAAUCCCAAAUAAAGAUAGCAAAUUCGGGGCUUAUUUAGUAAACGGUUGAAAGAUCAGCAGUUUAGCACUUAACUCCUUUAUUAGGUACUUUGUAGCUUUGUGACAACCAACAUAGUGAAUAAUGGCAGUUAGAUUUUAGGAAAUUAUCAACAUUUUCAUAGAAAUUUCCAUUCAUCUGAAUUCAUAUUUUCUGAAUAUCACAUAAAACCAAAGUUUGAAAAUGAAUUAAUCAAAACAGAACAAAUCAUUCCCCGUUACUGGAAUGUAAAUAUUAUUGGGUUUUAUGCCACGUCCUCUCUGUUAACUUAUAGAUAAUCCUUUUAGGCUACGCUCCAAACACUGUCCCAGAUAGAUCAGCAGUAAAUCCCAGGACGGUUAAAUUCUACAAAGUACAACAUAUCUUUUCUUCUAUACGUUUUUCAGCACUUUGGCUUGCUCAAUGUAGAGAGUAAAGUUUAUUCUGUUUAAAGGAUGUCAUGUUGGUCAUGGCAGUGGUACGUUAAUACCAGAAAAAUUCUAUACUUUCAUUGUAGCGUGGAGAAGAAUAACAUCUGUGACUACAUAAUACUUGAUGACAGAUAUGUUGCAUUUAAUUUUUUGGCUUCUUUUUUUUUUUAAAAGAGCACUAUAGGGUCAGGAACACAAACAUGUCUUCCUGACCCAAUAGGGUUAAAACCACCAUCUAGCCACCCUGGUCCCCUCAUACCUCCCUAAAUAUAGUAAAUCUUACUUGUAUUCAAGUCUGCAGCUGCAUGCUUUGUGCCUGUUUCCUUUAGACCCGCCCACUGCCUGCUGACAUCAGCAGAAGUGGUAGCCUGAUCCAAUAUCAAUGCUUCCCCAUAGGAUUGGCUGAGACUGACAAAGAGGCAGAUCAGGGGCAGAGCCAGCGCAAUUCAAACACAGCCCUGGCCAAUCAGCAUCUCCUCAUUGAGACGAAUUGAAUCAAUGAAUCUCUAUGAGGAAACUUCAGUGUCUGCAUGCAGAGGGAGGAUACACUGAAUGUUAUGAUGCAUUUUAGGCAGCCAUGACCCAGGAAGGAUCUCUAACAGCCACAUGAGGAGUGGCCAGUGAAGUUAUCACUAGGCUGUAAUGUAAACACUGCAUUUUCUCACAUGGAAUGGGCGUAACAGCUUUGUUACAAUGUAGUCACCCAUCCCAUGUGUUCCCUAUUAAGGGUUAAUAAGUAUAUAGGGGUGUAUAUAAAAAAUAUCCCUCUCUGUCUCAGUGGAGAUAUCUUUGCCAGAAGCUCAAGGAAGCAAGGUGAAGGGUCAGUGUAGGACCCGCUUAGGGUGGUCUGCCUUGACAUUGGCAGGCGGGCAUUCCAUCCAAUGACCAUUGGAGUAACUAAAUGACCUCCAUUUGUCUAAAUAUAAAUAGGGGUUAAGGAGAGAGCGAAGGUAACUUUUUUCCUUUGGUUUUUAACUAUAUAUUGGGGCUGAUGUGUACUGUGGUCGUUGCUGCCGCCCAGGAGUGAUGGGAGUGAGAGCAGGACUUAUCUUUUUGUAUUUGUAUUCACUUUUUGUAUCACACAGCUUAGUUACAAUGCAGCCGGCCAAUCCCAUGUGUUCCCUAUUAAGGGUUAAUAAGUAUAUAGGGGUGUAUAUAAAUAAUAUCCCUCUCUGUCUCAGUGGAGAUAUCUUUGCCAAAAACUCAAGAAAGCAAGGUGAAGGGUCAGUGUAGGACCUGCUUGGGGGGGGGUCUGCCUUGACGUUGGCAGGCGGGCAUUCCCUCCAAUGGCCAUUGGAGUAAUUAAAUGACCUCCAUUUGUCUAAAUAUACAUAGGGAUUAAGGAGAACGCACAGGUAACUUUUUUCUUUGGUUUUCAACUAUAUAUUGGGGCUGAUGUGUACUGUGGUCGUUGCUGCCACCCAGGAGUGAUGGGAGUGAGAGCAGGACUUAUCUUUUUGUAAUGAUUCUACUCACCAGAACAAAUUCAAUAAGCUGUAGUUGUUCUGGUGACUAUAGUGUCCCUUUAAAACACACACAUUUAAAUGACUGAAUUAAACAUUCCUUCCUAAAAUAAAUAGACCUUAUUUAAACCCUAACUACUUUUGCAAACCUGUUUACAACAACAUCUUUUUAAUGGAGAGCUAUUGUUUCAAAGCGAGCAGAUUUAAUUAAACACGAUCCACGCCAGAGAAUGUGUAGGGCGUUUUAUAAAUGCACUCCCUUUUAUGUCCCAUCUAUUCAUGUGUACAGCCAGAUUAUUAUACAAUUCUCUCUUUGCCAAUACGCGGGUAUUGUUAAUUCAUACACUGGAUCUUUCAUGGGAGGGUCUGGGAGGGAGGGUCUGCUGCUGAUUGGCUGGAAUGUGUCUGCUGACUGUGAGGUACAGGGUCAAAGUUUACUCAAUGAUGAGUCCGCGGCGAACCGUUCGUGACGAACCGUUCGCGAACCGUUUGCCGAACCGUUCGGGACAUCACUAGACCUGACCAUCCCUCCAGGCCAGCAUUAGCAUUAUCUGCUGAUCCUGUCUCCUAUUAAGCUGUUGCUUAGGGACUGAAAUCCUCAAUUUGCCUGGGAAGAGUAUAGUUUGCAAGAAAGUGCAAAACAAAUAUUUUGUACGUAUGGAAUAUUUUACUCUCAAUUAUUCAAAUCAGUUCAAAUCUCUAAAACUCAGAUAUUAUAGUGAGCACUGCUGUUCCUGAGAAAAUGUUGGUACUGAGAAAAGACCACACGGAAUGUUACUGUAUAGAUUAACGUGGGUUUAUGCCAUUGAUAAGAAUCCCCAUAUUGCGUUUCUUCUUACCGGCUACUUUUAGAUCACACCCUCUUUUCUUAUUCAGUCUAUUUUGACAUAUUUUCUAUGAUUCCUCACUAUUGUAUUGCUUUGAAAAGCUAUAUAAUUGCUUUCAUAAAACCAAUAAAACCUCGUACAAUAGAAACAUAUAAUGCUGUGUUUGUCUACUGGAAUAUUUUCUAACUGACGGCUUUGUAAAAGGACCUUAACUGUCUAAAUAUUGAACGAACAGGAAAUCCCACCAGUGAACAUCUGCAGUAUGCGAUUAGUGAAUAUUUAGAACAAGAACAAUGUACCUUAUUUACACAUUUCUAAACACUUUUAUUGUAGUUUAACCCCUUAAGGUGUGUGACAUGUCAUGAUUCCCUUUUAUUCCAGAAGUUUGGUCCUUAAGGGGUUAAAGACACAUUACUGGGAGUAUUAUUACUGUGGAGCUCUGUUAUACACUCAGACACAUUACUGGGAGUAUUAUUGCUGUGGAGCUCUGUUAUACACUCAGACACAUUACUGGGAGUAUUAUUGCUGUGGAGCUCUGUUAUACACUCAGACAUAUUACUGGAAGUAUUAUUGCUGUGGAGCUCUGUUAUACACUCAGACACAUUACUGGGAGUAUUAUUGCUGUGGGCUCUGUUAUACACUCAGACACAUUACUGGGAGUAUUAUUGCUGUGGAGCUCUGUUAUACACUCAGACACAUUACUGGGAGUAUUAUUGCUGUGGAGCUCUGUUAUACACUCAGACACAUUACUGGGAGUAUUAUUGCUGUGGAGCUCUGUUAUACUCAGACACAUUACUGGGAGUAUUAUUGCUGUGGAGCUCUGUUAUACACUCAGACACAUUACUGGGAGUAUUAUUGCUGCGGAGCUCUGUUAUACACUCAGACACAUUACUGGGAGUAUUAUUGCUGUGGAGCUCUGUUAUACACUCAGACACAUUACUGGGCGUAUUAUUGCUGUGGAGCUCUGUUAUACACUCAGACACAUUACUGGGAGUAUUAUUGCUGUGGAGCUCUGUUAUACACUCAGACACAUUACUGGGGUAUUAUUGCUGUGGAGCUCUGUUAUACACUCAGACACAUUACUGGGAGUAUUAUUGCUGUGGGGCUCUGUUAUACACUCAGACACAUUACUGGGGGUAUUAUUGCUGUGGAGCUCUGUUAUACACUCAGACACAUUACUGGGAGUAUUAUUGCUGUGGAGCUCUGUUAUACACUCAGACACAUUACUGGGAGUAUUAUUACUGUGGAGCUCUGUUAUACACUCAGACACAUUACUGGAGUAUUAUUGCUGUGGAGCUCUGUUAUACACUCAGACACAUUACUGGGAGUAUUAUUGCUGUGGAGCUCUGUUAUACACACAGACACAUUACUGGGAGUAUUAUUGCUGUGGAGCUCUGUGAUACACUCAGACACAUUACUGGGAGUAUUAUUGCUGUGGGGCUCUGUUAUACACUCAGACACACCAACAAUAUGGAGCUCCUAGAAAAGAGGGACAUGAGGAUAAAAAAGAGGGACAUAGGGAUUGGAUCCCAAAAUUGGGACUGUCCUCCUAAAUUGGGACACUUGAUAGGUAUCCUUGAAGUAUUCCCUUACUUAGAAAGAUAUAUAUAUAUAUAUAUAUAUAUAUAUAUAUAUAUAUAUAUAUAUAUAUAUAUAAAAACUGGGGGACAAUUCAAAAAGUUUGUCUGCCUCUCUUAAAACUGUACUCCUUCAACGUUUUUACCUUAUCUCACCCGUUUUGUCUACAUUUAUCCAACACACUAUAGGUUUCCAUAUAGUCUUCCUUUUCUAAAUACAUUGCUAUUUAUCCCUUGUGAAGUAAUAUCCCAUUUCUCCUGGAUUGUAAUAUGGUUUGAGCAGCAUUUACAACUCUUGUUUGUGUUCGCCUUCUUUGUUACUAUGCAUUUGAUUUGUUAGUACAUCCAUUGUGCUGAGCCAUGUAAUAUCCCAACGCUCUAUAAAUAGUGAGAGCAUUACUGCCAAUUUAGCUCCGCCCCUAGCGCCAAACAGACUAGAGUCAAAACUUAUAAUUUCUUUAAUCCGCUUUAUCAUAUAUCUUUAUAGAAGAAUCUUUGCCUGAAUUCACUAUGUGAUAUGUCACCAUAAUAGCGAAGAAUUAGUCCUACAUUAAAAGCAAUGCCCUAGAGAGACACAUUAAUGUUUGUAAAAAUGUAGGUGCAGCCUUACUUUCUAAAGGUAUAAUUACUGAGAUUAAAAAAACGUAUAAAAUUCAUUCAUAAUGGGGCUUUAAUUAUCUUUAAUAGAAAAGCCCGGGGUAAAUAUGCUCCCUUUCUAUACUUGCAAUUUUACAAUUUUGAAAGUCCAAUAUGUUCCAGUUCAUCCGAUUCUAAGAAACAGGAGCGUUUAUUGUUCCAAGAUAUUGGGAGUUACCAGGAUUAUCUGAAGAUAUUGAGCUAUUAAAACUAAGAAGAAUGAAUAUAUAUGAGUGCUAUUGAGGGUUCCGCAUAUUAAUAAUGGAGGGUUCCCUAAAAAUUAUGUUUAGAACAAAUAGUGUAUUUUAAUGCUAAUACUUCUAUGUUAUACAAUGAUUGGAUUAAUAUAUAAUAAUAAUAAUAAUAAUAAUAACAAAACAAUACAUUACAUCAUUUACAUUUGGAAAUGCUGUUAAGAGGGUGAUUAUUUGAAUGGUAUCAAUCAUAUAUAAAAAAUACAAAGAAAAAUAGUUGGUUAAAUGCUGAAAUGUAUUAAUAUUCUGAAAUUAACAGAUAUAGCACUCUUUUAUGCAGUAGUUUACUUUUUUAAAUCUUUUUUUUUUCUUCAAAAGACAUACAGAUAUUCUGUCUGUAUUCAAUUCCAUAGAAAAUUCUUAUAUUCUGCUUAGAAAUAACUAAAAUGAAAUUUGACAGAUAACGUGAACGUAGGCAAUGAUAUUACAGCUCUGAUAUAUAUGGAUGAUGAUAAGGAGGGUGGAGUAAGAUUUCAGUAAUAAUUACCACUUUUUGUUCAUUUACUACUAGAUGUAAAUCAAUUUAUUAAUAAAAUAUAUAGCUCUUAUUACAUUUUCAAAUUCCCGACACAUAUUCACAAUGUAGACGUAUGUUUUGCACGUUGGCAGACAUCAAGUUAAAACACAUUGUACAUGCUAAUGUGUUCUUAUAAAAUAAAUGACACUCUCAAUCGUACAGUUAAUUACUCUAUUUCUCUUGUGUGUUUUUUUUUCUCUUGUUUCUCUAUUUCUUGUGUCUCUCACAUCUGCGACAGCUUCAGGAUAGUCACUUUGAAAGAUAAUACUAAAUAAUCUGUAAAGAACAAGGGAUAUCCAAUCCAUCAAUGAACUGAGGUAUAAACUGUUACAAAAAUGAAUUUGUCAGUUGAUUGUGUGUGUGUGUGCAUUUUACGUUGCCCAAGGUUAAGGUUACAUUUCUAGAAAGCAGGUCACUUAUCAGUGAAAGGUUUCUUGACAAUGACAGACACAUCUUUUAAAGAAAGUUAUUUGAGGUUUCCAAGGCAGAGAGCCCCGGGCUCUAGGAAGAUCCAGACAUUCUAACCUUCUGUUUGAAUGAGGGUCAUUUGACAACUACAUUAAUUAUCCAUUUUGCAACCCCAACGGAAAAGUUUAACCCACUCUAAUAAUGGGCAAAAUAUUUGUAUUUCAUCUUUUAAGUAGUACACAUGGAAUAGUUUAAUGAUGGGGAAAAUAUUUGCAUUUUAUAUUUAAAGAGUUAACAUCUCUGUACCAUCUCUGUGAGGUGAUUACUGUUAAUGUAUUCAAUAUGGUAGGUACAACUAUUUGUCUAUUACAUAAUAAUAAUGAUGAAAUUAAUAUAGCAUUAACAGCGUUAUUUGACUGGAGGAGUUUAAAGUCCUCCAUCAACACUGGAUUUUCCAGCAGUUAAACUCAAGAUUGACAUUUGGACGCCAGUUAAACCUUUGAUAAUGUGUGUGACAUACGACAAACAGAGGAUAUGAGAACACCGAUGACAAUAUGAAACUAUAGCUUGACCUUCAAUUAGUCCCCGCUCAGAUCUCAAACAAGUUAAUACUCAUAUGUACCAUUAAAGAGAGAACAUAGGCCUGUUCCAUAUCAGACAGAUUCCACCCAUAAGAUUGGACCUGAUACAAAAUAUAACUCUUUCUGCUCGAGAUAUACAGUAAUCCCAGAUAACCAUAUCUUCUUAUAUCUUCUAUUUGGUUUUGUUGCAAUGCAUUUGCUUAGGGUCUCUCUAAGUUGAAAGGGUAUUCCAGACAUUGGGCCCAUGCUCACUGUGUCUAGAGGGGUAUCAGAUAUGCCUCAGUGAUAAGGCACAAAGAAUACCAAAACACUUGUCUAGAGUUGCUGUAUGUCAACUGUUGAGGGAGCUUGCUGGCAUUUCGGAUCUGUACCACCCUUGUGGAUAGGAUCAGUCUGAUAGGUGACAGGCAUAGUUUCUUCCUAUAUUGGCAUAUAUGAGCAAGAACUUGUCGAGACCUGUCAAGACUAACUGAAGGGAAACAUAUUAAGUAUUUUCCAGUUCACUCUGUUCUCAAAUCUUCUGUUUGUUUGAUUUAACCCAUGUGACAGAAUUUUUAACCCACGUACAUGACUUUAUCCUUUUCUGCUCCCUUGAUGGUCGUUCUAUUUAUUCCUUGAUGACUGCCUUUAUAUUUUGGCCAAUCGGCACUGAACUCAAAUAUUUUAGGUAGUAAAUGGGUUUUUAAAAUGAUAUUCCAAUGCUCUGCAUAAUUGGCUCAGGAAUUGUGUUUGUGUUUUUGUCUCCCCUAUGUUUUGACUCUUCCCAUGUGUUUAGAGGUAACCUCACCAGGGAUAUCAGUGAGAUAGUUCAGUGGAUAGGACACUAGCUAUAGUAUCUUGGAGUCAUAGUUUCAAUUACUGCAGCCGUUGAUCUGUCCAAAGUCAAAAAAUAACAAAAAAACAAUUGCAAGACUGUUCACUCCAAAUAGAAGAAUAAUAUAAAUAAGAAAGAAAAACUUUAUUUGAAUAAUAAAAAAGACAGGAAAUGUGACAAUACUUAUCUAUCUCUUAAUGAUCCAUGUAGGGACAGAUAAGUAAGCAUUGCCACAUAUUCCAUAUUAUUUUUCAUUUUUCAUAUCAUGUUGAUAAAAUAUGUACCCAGUAAGUUGGAUAACACCACUUGACCACUGGAUAUACUUGGAAACUAGUGUCAAGUUUUAUGUACCUUUACUAGUUAAAGCAGCUCUAUUACCUUUUGGGAUCUUUCCAUCAUUUGCCAAGACCCCCGAUGGUGUCAUCACCCCUUAGUGUCUGAAUGGAUGGGGAAGGUAUGUUUUACUUACCUGAAGCUGUCCCUAAUGGCCACUACCAUUUGUUUCCAAUGGAUCCUCUUAAUCUCCUGGUGUUUCAUCUGCCAGGAGUCCACGUCAGUGCUGUACUCUUACACAUGCACGAGAGUGCAAUAGUGAGGCCUAUAGGGGAUCCUGCAAGACCACUGGGGCCUCCAUAAAUAUUGUGGCAAUGAGCAAGACAAUGGCUUAUUCCCUCCAUAGUCCCUACUUUGUCACAUGUAUAUUAGGAGAAUAAGAUUUUAAAAGUAGCACAGAUUAUCAGUGAGGAAGAGAAGAAGGUAAGCAUAGGGUGAUCAAGCUUUAAAUACUUUUAUUUUUUAUUUUACAUUUACUUCUUAAUAUUUGACUAUCCCAAUUAAUUUAUCAUCAGAUAUCACUUGACUUUAACAAUGAUUGUUGAGAUAAUUAUCUAAAUUACAUCUUGGGUUGUUCUCAUUGUGAUACAGAGCAUGUGAAAGCUGGCACGAAGACUGAUUAUUACAAUUGGAUAUUUCAUGCCUCGCUAUCAUUUUCCAAAGCAUUACCCUUCAAUUAACUUGUCAGAUCCAAUAGUUCACUCCUUAACUGAGUGACAGGAACUUGCAGAAAACUUAUGAAACUUGGCAAACAAGUUUUUUUUUCUUUUAAACUUACAAACAUGCAGUUUCAUGCAAGUGACAAAUUAACCUUAUCAUCAUAUACAAAGGAUAGGGUUGUUACCAUUUGGAUAACUGAGGCUUCUUACUAGAAAAUGUCUAUAGUGACACAAAGACAGCAAUAUAACACCUUCGUCACAAUAUCCAACUGCAAUAUAAUUGUAGACUGUGUUACACUGGAGGGUUUGUUAGCUAAAGUUUUGGAUUUUUUUGCCCUUAAAUCUGUAAUUCUAUUAGAAUUUUCUUGGGAUUCCAGACCGUCAAACAAAGCAAAACUUAAUGUAUGUAUGAGGUGAGAGGCAAUGUAUAUUAACAAUAAGAUAUGGGUUUCUGCAGCAUGGAGGGUUUGCUCUACAGCUUUUUACUCAAAGUCUCAAAUAUGUUACAAUCCAUUUCAACACAUUGUCUUUCUUUAGCAGAAUUAGUCAGUGGGGCAAUACAUUUUAUAAAUGCAAUAUGAUGUCUGGUUCAUGGCGAUGGGGAAUUUUGUGUUGCUGGGGCCCAAUAUCUCACUUGCGUUUCCAGCUUGGCUGAAAAUCUUGGUCAUAGUUUUCCUCUUUUUUGGAAGUUGUCAGACUGUAUCCAUCCACAGGAAUAACAUAAUGACACCUACUCCUAUCUGUUAGUUGGAUACAAUAGAAAAAGAUAUAUAUGUCAAAAAUACAAUAACAUUGUAAAAAAGACAAUAUCACUGUAGACGACAAAUUUAAUCUAAGGGGGAUUUUGUUUGUGAUGAUGACACUUGAAUAAUGUGAUACAAGGUAAGAUUUAUUUUAAUUAAACAAUUAUUAAUUAGGAUAGACUAAUGAAACCAAUAUAAUGAUCAAUAACCCAUGAUCAGCCAGAUCAAUACAAUCUCUUUCAAAUGUAGAAAAACAUAUCUUUAUCUUCUCUGGUCAGGGGUGGGUAAAUACGACCUUCGGGUUUCUUCACUUCCCAUAAUUCUGUGCAGCCAAUGAAUCCACGCUUCUUUUAUAACAUCAAGACAAUGUUUAGAAUGGUAAAAGAGAAAAAGAUGAAAACACAUUAAUUGGAACAGACAAAAUUUGAGAAAGAAAUACAAUUAGCCAUUCUUCAGAGAUUUCUGAAGAAUCAAAGAAAAUCAGUUCAGAGCUUAAAAACUGCAAAACAUACAACAAAGAAAGGAUUAUUUAAUUGAUGGUUUUCAUAAUUCCUUAGCUCCAGUUUAAUGAACAGAUCAUAACUGAUUCCUGUCCUGAGUAUCCAUUUAAAGGAUAUAACGUGCCAUAGAAAUAACCUGCAAUGACUGAUUUAGCAGGUAGCAGGGGUAAAUGGCCUAUGUCAGUGUGUAGAACAAUUGUAACAAAAUAGCAAUUAUUUGCAGCAUUCCAUUGGUUUCCACAGUGAUUGCUCUAUGUGUAGUAUUUUGUUCCAGAAUUGCUCUUCGCAAUGUGCUUGCAGGUUCGUAGCUAUGCAGCUCGUUUGCUCCAUUCGGGAAUUUCAUGCAUUAUGUUUCCCUCUGUUUAUUUGUCACGUUUCUGAUUUGUCAAAAUGUUGAGUCUAGUUAAUAAUGUCUCAAGAAUCUAGCAUAUAUAAUAGUAUAUUUUCUAUUUGGCUCCAAUUAUCUUAUCAGGUUAGGAUCGAAGGACAGGUUAAAGAUUCCCUAUGAACUCGCUUGUUAUGCCACAAAAUUAUGGGGUGCGUAAGGCUUCUUAUUAGUUAGCAAUUCCUUGACUUGCUUGAAAGAGUUUAUGCAAUCAAGAAUAAUGAUCAAAUUAUGACACUCAUUAGGGAGAGUGUUUUCACAUGAAUGUGAUGCAAUCUCACUUUUUUGUUUUUUUAAUCUGACGGCUCUUGCGUGUUUUAUCUCUUUAUUUUAAAACAGGUGUAAUUUAUGGAGCCAGCAGUCAAAGAAAAUGUUUUCUUGGCACCAAUGCAUAUUUAUUAUGUGAACACUGGAAAGGGUGGCACUAGUGAGUGCCAAGUUUGGGUGUAUCUUCUCAAACUGGCAUCCUCAUCAGGCAUUUCUUUUAGAUUCUCAGCUAAUUUGUAUUAGCAGGUGUAUAAUGUGACGGUAGAAAAACAUACCAUAUCUUACAAAGUGGAACUGCUGAUGACUAUUUUUUUAUUGAAUGUGGUUCCUCAGUCUAGGUUGGAUUUGAGUCACUUUCCCUCUCAGUGUACAACUGACCCAUUGUUGUAGGUUAUACUGCCCCCUUUAAACUUUAGGGGCACUUUAAUUUUGCAACUGUAUGCCCUCCUGCUCAAUGAACUCUGGAUCCACUCAUCGACCCUUAGGACACUGGCCACAACUGUCCAUGAAGCCAUGAGUUAAGGGACAGUGUGCUUCUGCAUCCUGAAGAAGAACCUUUGGACCUACCCAGGGCCGGAUUAACAUAGGGGCUGAUGGAGCUGCAGCUCCAGGCCCAGGCCCAUGGGAUAGGCCCAUUGAUUUAUUAAAAAAUAAAAAAUAAAAAAUAUUUUUUUAAAUAAAAUUUUUUUUUCACACACUACUCUUAGGGAUUCCACCUGGCUUUUAUUUUAUUGCCACAGCCAGUAUUUGAGGCUGCCUGGCUGGUGCCAUUAUUACAGUGAUACUGGCAAUACAAAUGCUGGUAUUUUUCUCAGUAUAAACAAGAGAUUACUAUGCAAUACCAGCACUGGCCAGUAGGGGUCGCUGUGAGUGGAGACAGGCAGGGAUAGGAAGUUCCAGCAUAUCCCUCUCUGCCUAUCUAUACUCACUGAUCUGCAGGGGUGCAGCUACAGAGAGUCCAGACAGCAACUCCCACCCUGCAGAGACAGCCUACAGCUCAGGGAAGUAAGGGAUGGGGGGAAAGGCUGCAAGGAGACAUGGGUACACUGAGACACUAAGGGACAUUGGGAGACAUUAUGACACAGACACAUGGGGACACAGUGUCCCCAUGUCUCCCAGCCAGUGUCCCUGGUGUCUCAGUGCCCCCUAGUCUCCCAGUGCCCCCAGUCUGCCAGUGUCUCACUGUCCCCAUGUCUCUUAGUGCCUCAAGUGUCUCAAUGUCCCCAUGUCUCCAAGCUAGUGUUCCUAGUGUCUGUGGCCCUGGUGUCUCCUUGUCCCCAUGUCUCCCAGUGCCCCCAUGUUUCAUUGUCCCCCAGCCAGUGUCUCUAGUGUCUGUGUCCCCAUGUCUUCAAGUGUCCCCUAUUUUCCCAGUGUCCCCAUGCAUCCCAGCCAGAGUCCCCUAGUCUCUCAGUGUCACUGGUGUCUCCGUGUCCCUAGGUCUCCCAUGUCCUCAGGUCUUCCCAUCUUCCUAGUGACAUGGGGACCCUGGGAUACAUGGGGACACAGAGAGACAUGGGGCAUUGAGACACUGUGAUACAUAGGAUCACUGGGAGACCUGGGGACACGACACUAGGGGACACUGGGAGACAUGGGGCACUGAGACACUGAUACAUAGGAACACUGAGACCUGGAGUAAUCGACACAUGGUGGCACUGGGAGGAAUCCAUCUAUACAGCAGAAUCAAACUAAGUAGUUUUUUGGUGAUUUUACAGCAUUUUCUCUUAUAUCACUCCUUGUGAUUUACAUCAUAUGAUGUCACCCAUACAUAUUUAAUUAUGCAAAUUAGCAAGGGCGGUAUGUUUUUCCAAGAAAGAUGGCAACCCUAACUACUUUUCACAUACUCUUAUUUAAGUAUGGAAACUUAAGAGGGAUGGAUGGGAACAAAACUUGUGUGGACUGGCUGACAAUGAAUAUAGUUAAAGGGACACUAGAGUCACCAGAACAACUACAGCUUGUUGAAUUUGUUCUGGUUAGUAGAAUCAUUACCGUCAGGCUUUUUGCUGUAAACACUGUCUUUUCAGAGAAAAUGCAGUCUUUACAUUACAGCCUAGUGAUAAUUUCACUGGCCACUCCUUAGAUGGCUGUUAGAGAUCCUUCCUGGGUCAUGGCUGCCUAAAAUGCAUCCAAACAUUCAGUGUCUCCUCCCUCUGCAUGCAGACACUGAACUUUCCUCAUAGAGAUUCAUUGAUUAAAUUCAUCUCUAUGAGGAGAUGCUGAUUGGCCAGGGCUGUGUUUGAAUCAUGCUGGCUCUGCCCAUGAUCUGCCUCUUUGUCAGUCUCAGCCAAUCCUAUGGGGAAGCACUGUGAUUGGAUUAGGCCACCACUUCUAAUGAUGUCAGCAGACUGCUUGUUUUCCUGAGUAUAACAGCAUGCAGAGUUACAGCUCCAGGCUUGAAUACAGUAAGAUUUUGCUAUAUUUAUGGAGGUAUGAGGGGCCCAGGAGGGGCUAGAUGGUGGUGUUAACACUAUAGGUUAAUGAAUUCAUGUUUGUGUUCCAGACCCUAUAGUGAUCCUUUAAGGUAAUGCUGACUUUGGUCUCUCUAACACUGUGGCAUGUUCCUUUUCUUCUACACUCACUACAUACGGCUUUUCUCUUUCCCAAACUAUAUACCAGGAGCUUCUGCCUGCUAGUAGGAAGGUAAGGAGACAAGUGGACCAGCAAGUGCUAGGGGACAGUCCUUAGAAAGCGUUGAGCGAGCGCAUCAUUAGAUGCAUUUAUGCCAAGCUCAGGGUGCUGUCUGCAUAGUAUGCCCUUAGUUGGCCAGCUGCAUGAUUGGCAGGCAGCCUGGCAUGCAUUCAUACCAGGCUGGCCUUCUAAUUCUUUGGGCAGACAUAUCCUCUUUUUGGGCAUGUUCGCCCCUUUUGGCAGGUUACGUGAUUUGUGUCAGUGGCACACCCUUUUACCGUGCCCAUUGACUUCCUGCUUGAUUGGACACUGCUGUUAGGGGUUAUGGAUUUACUUGAAAGAUGAAAACAUAAAUUAGUGAGAGAUUAGCCUAGGGUAUGUGUUUUCUUAUAGCUGCUGUUUUCUUUCUCUCCAGCACCAUCUCCAUCAGAUACAUGACGCUUGGGAGUGUUUUACUGUUUUUGGUCGAUAUGAUUCUGUAAUAAGGCCCGUCAUAAUUGUCAGCACCAGGCCCACUGGGCUCUUAAUCUGGCCCUGGACCUACCCAUCUAUAGGCUUGUAUGUAUGUUGACGAUGGGACAACAUUUUUAACUAUAAACUGAAGCACCUCCAUAAUGAAAGUUGGUGUGGUGCAAACUAUGACCUGCCUGAUAUCUAAUUGCCUUUAGCAUCUGUAUGUGGCCAGGAGACCCAAGAUUCACCUUUGGUAUUACACAGAAAUGUCCAGAUAACAGGUUAUAUAAAUGUGCAAUAUACUGUAGCAAACUGUCUACAACUUUUCAUUUGGGCAGGCUGCAGUCAUUAACUUAAUUCAGUUAAUUAAACCAGGAUUACAGGAACCUUCAUAGGUCGGUUGUUAUUUUCACUCUUGUUCUCGUCAGUCACUUGAGAUGAAUGGCUUCUUGCCUUUGGUCACAUUUGCAAUCCCCUGUGUAGAUUCUAAUCUAAUAAUUUCUCAUUUUUGUUUUGUGUUUGGUUGCUUCCAAAGUGGACCAUCUUGAAUUUAAUAGACUAACCCGUAUGUCAUCGUCAACCCUCGGGUCGAGAGUAAUGUAAACAUUACCAAUGAAGAACUGGACAUAUCUCUAAGAUCAGGCUUUAGGGUAUAUGUGUGUAAAUGCCAGGGGUGCUGUCAGUAAGAUUAUGCACUUUCAUGUCAACUUUGUUCCUACUUGUUCAUAAUUAUCAUUCACUGCCGGAAAACAUUCUGUGAUUAUUGUCCUGCAUUCCAACGCAGUUAAUCAGCAUGAUCAGAAGAUCACAGCCCUGCCCUUUAAAUUACCGCGGGGGUACUGAAUAUAAACAAAAUGCACACCCUGAAAUCAGAAUUUUUUUUCUAUUGGGAUAAAGUUUUACUACAAUCAUUACAGAUUGGUAAACUGAUAUACAAUAUUUCCAUGCGCUGUGGACCACAGAUUUUCAAAUCCAUCUUAAAGGGAACUGUUAGAAGUUAUCUAUUUACCUAUAUUUUUAUUGUAUACAUUGUUUUAAAUCAGAGAGAGGCAUGGGUUCAAAUAUAUUAUCAAAAUCAGUAUUUAUAUAAUUAUAUUUUUUAACAUGUCAUACGUAGCGUGGCUUCUAAAAGAGGUCUGUUCGUCUGCACACAUAAUUCUGAAUCUUAAAAAAACUUGUGAUCCACCUGAUGUCUGGUUAAUUUCCCCUGCUAAAUAUCAUCAAUUUAUUGACAAAUACAAAACUAUAUACAUUUUCUGCAAGUUUUUCAACUUUUAGAAGGCGUUGUACCCCCCAAAAAAAAUUUCUUAUGCAAGAAGUUUGACAUGAAAAUCUCAGAACUUAACAUAAUUUUUUUUGUGAAUAAACUCACUGUGAAGGAGUUAAUCCUGUAGUUUGUUUAUGUCUCAACUAACUAUACAAACUUCAGAGAAAUAUAUGCUAUAUAGUCUGUUUGUUUAAAGUAAAACUGUACCCUCUAUUGGUCUGAAUAAACUAAACACACCUGCCUUGUCCUCCUUGUUCAGAUUAUUCUAAGGCGAUUUCCUAUUCGAAUAAUAUGUUCUCCUCAUCUAAUUGUGUUUCGACAUUAUUAUGAGGUCAGUUCACAAAACAGUAACAAGGUUUUUCACUAAAUUGAGGAUUCAAUGUGAAUUCAAGGUACAUUUCAAAUUUAAGGACAAAGUAUUCAAAUUACAGUAAAGCAUGGCUGAGUUAGAGAAUGUUUCAUUUUCAGCUAGUUUGACCUUAAAUUUGAAAUUCACUUUGAAUUCUCCCUUUAGUGUAUAAUUUUGAAAAAAAUCCUCCUCUUCAGAAAAAACUAUGGACUCCCACAGCUGUCAUUAUUUACUCAUCUUAGUUAGUGGGUCCCCAGAUUUUUUGUGGCUGUCCAAUUAUAGCCCAAUGCAUCUGAAUGAGUAGUCAUUACAAGGCAGGUGCUCUGGGCAAUUCCUGCUUCUUGAGUGCAGUUCCACUGAGCUAACCAAACCAGGAAGUAACAGGACCAAUUGACUGAUUGACACCUGUUGGUUGGGUUGGGAGGGGGUGGGGGUAUUUUGUAACUCAGGAUUUUUUACCUAAAUUGUUCAAAUUGUGUUUCAACUCCGUAAAGCUUUCUGACUGGCAAAUAGACUUUUUUUUUUGCUGUCAUAAAUGUUUUCCUUUAUAUUCAGCAGCUAAACUCACUCAGGUUAUGUAAUUAUUUAUCAAGUAAUUAUAAGAAGUCGCAAAGAAUCGACAAACACAGAGCAAUUUCGACACUGCAUAAUGCGGGCACUCCUUGUCUCAUUGAAGUGCUGGGACAUACGUGAUUUCUUGGUGCUAUGCUUUUAGGCAGACGUUGAUAUCUGCAGCUGCUAUCAUUUUAAUUAAAGGGACACUAUAGUGACCAGAACAACUACAGUUUAUUCAAUUUGUUCUGGUGUGUAGAAUCAUUACCUUCAGGCUUUUUGCUGUAAACCCUGCCUUUUUAGAGAAAAUGCAGUGUUUACAUUACAGCCUAGUGAUAACUUCACUGGCCACUCCUCAGAUGGCUGUUAGAGAUCCUUCCUGGGUCAUGGCUGCCUAAAAUGCAUCCAAACAUUCAGUGUCUCCACCCUCUGCAUGCAGACACUGAACUUUCCUCAUAGAGAUUCAUUGAUUCAAUUCAUCUCUAUGAGGAGAUGCUGAUUGGCCAGGGCUGUGUGAAUCAUGCUGGCUCUGCCCCUGAUCUGCCUCCUUGUCAGUCUCAGCCAAUCCUAUGGGGAAGCAUUGUGAUUGGAUUAGGCUACCACUUCUGAUAAUGUCAGCAGACUGCUUGUUUUUUUGAGGCAAACAGCAUGCAGAUCUACAGCUUCAUGCUUGAAUACAUUAAGAUUUUGCUAUAUUUAUGGAGGCAUGAGGGACCCAGGGGGGAUAGAUGGUGGUGUUAACACUAUAGGGUCAGGAAUACAUGUUUGUGUUCCUGACCCUUUAGUGAUCCUUUAAGCCUUCUCAUGAUAAUUAUAUUGCUUGCAUAAAGGAGCUGAGGAGACAGAUACAUGCAACUCUUCUUCCUAGCUCCUCUCCUGAAUCUAAUGGGAGAGGGGUGAAUUUAUAGCAGCAGAUGUAACAGAAAUUUAACCGUAGCUAUGUUAAAAGAUACUAAGAAUAAUGUACUGAAAUAAAAUAUAUAUAUAUUUGAAUUUCAUCCUUAUUUCUCUGUACAUAAUUAGUUCAUAUAAAAAUUCAAAGAUUGUUUAUUUGUUUUAUUUAAUUCCAGUUUCACAUGGCUCUCGGGUCAAGUUCAUCGGAAUUUCUUGUCCAAGUUUUCCGGACAUGUGGUGGAAUUGUUCGAUGAGGAGUUCCGACAUCUGUAUAGCUCAUCCAAGCCAGUGAUGGGUUUAAAGACACCAGCACCAAUGGCACCUGUAUUAAAGCAGCAAAACAGUAAGAGCACAGAAUAUUUAAUUAUUAGUCAUUUUUAUAUAUAUAUUUAUUCGGGAUACUUUCAAAUAUUGUAGUUUCCUACUAAAAUAACAUGAAGAUUCGCUGGGAACACGACGUGUAGAUUUAAUUGUGUGAUUGCAAAUGAUGUAAAGCUGUCGAAAGACACAGUUCCAAACAUUUUAACUAUCACAAUACAAUUUAUUUGGCUUUAAGCUAUCGUUACCGUGGCUUUCUUUGGUGACACCUCUUUAGUUUUUUAAAUGUAUCUUCCCUCACUGAUUCACCGGGCUUCCACCAAUCAGCAUCUCCUCAUAGAGAUGCACUGAAUCAAAUUAAAUUAGGAAUAAAUAGAGGAAAUGUAUGCAUUUUAAUUAAGAAUACUUUUAUAUAUAUCUAUUCCUAUUUUAAAAAAACAAAACAUUUUUGCUGAUCAAUUAUGAGGCACCUGAAAUUGAAUUAAAGAGUCAGAAACCGACCGAUAAGACACUUGAGGGGCGGACAUCAGACUAGUGACUAAAGAUCAGCAGGCGGAAACAUAGCCGGAAAAGACUCCCAGUGGCAUAUCACGGACAAGACAGGGGCUCCCCGACCACAAUACAUGAGUAGCAGCCUCCAUGGACUUGGCCCCACUAGGCUUGUACCCACCGUUACACAAUACCCAUGUUCCACCGUGAUCAUGAAUAACUGUAAACCUGCAAGAUGCCCUCCGGCACUAAUGUUUUACUAAUGAUGUCAACGCUGUUACCUUUAUUAUCACAUGACGGUUUAUAUAUGUCAAAUAUUGUUUUGUAUACCACUGUCUACCACUCAAGCGAAAAUAAAGAAUGGAAAAAAUAAAUAAAUAAAGAACCAGAAACCGUAGCUCAUCCAUAUCUCUUUGUUUCAUAUAAUUCCAGGUAUUAGUAUGAUGUCCGACAGCAGUUCUGCAAUCAGCCCCAAUACGACGUCUGAAAAGCUCAGUGGUUCUUCUGCAACGAGCAUCUCCCAUGUUUCGCUGCGCCCGUCAUCUCCAAUAAACAUCCCACCACCUCUACAGCAAUUCUCAUCUUCAACAAACAUUGCACCACCUGUACGACAAUCCUCAUCUCCAACAAACAUCCCACCACCUGACCGGCAAUCCUCAUCCCCAACAAACAUCCCACCGCUUGUACGGCAAUCGUCAUCUCCAACAAACACACCGCCUGCCCAAACAUCACUGCACAGAAUGAAUUCCUUCCAUAAUUACUCAUCUUAUAGGACUCCAACUUCUCCAACCAACUAUCAGCCUACUUAUUACCAAAGGAAUCAUGUGCAAGAGACACCUACAUUCCUUUACAACAAGAACGCCAACAUUUAUCGGUCACUGAGAGAGAGGCGCGAAGACUUUACCACCUCCAGGUUUACUCAAAGCUGGAGAUUAUUUACUUAAUCUACCACACUUUCAUUUUAAAACUAAGUGGCUCUCUCUGUCACGAUUGGACAGCUCAUGUCCUCUGCUGGCUGAGCAUGCUGGGCACUGAAAUCCAGCAGCAGCUGCAAAUUUGCAGCCCCUGGUCCAUGCACUGAUAUUGUAUGCACUAAGAAUGAAAUAAAAAUAUAAAAGGGUAUAUAUAUCAUAGUUUAAAAACAAUUAUAGAAAAAAAAAGAUUAUCUAUGCAAAAUCUCUGAAUCUUUUGAUUUUGCAAGUAGGUGCUGUGAAGAAUCCAUUUUUUUAACCAAUUAAAUGCUGUGUAUCAGAUUCCUUUAGGGUUAAAGCUGGUGAAAUUAAUAUUUAUUAUUAAUAUCCAGCUGUGUUUUUUUCUUCUUCUUUAAUUAGAUUAUAUUCCCUGUAAUAGAAUCAGUUUAUCAAAUGGCGAUCCAACAUUGAAGUUAUUUUUUUUUAUCAUGUAGUACUGAAACAUAAUUCUAGGGAGUUUAAUGCUUAUUCUCUAUACUGGGAAAAAGAGAUUUGAGAAGGAAACCACUAGACCAAAUGGACUAUUUGAAACUCAAAUUUUUAAUUCCUUUUAUCUGUUCUCCUCACUUCCUGGAUCAGGUCAAAUAAACUCUCAUGAGAUAUCCUUUUUCUUACAUUUUGCAUAUAUGUUUGCAAUUUUUUUUAUGGCUGCCGCUUUGCUAUAACGAACAAUGAUGAUGUGUUAACAUUGUAACACAAUAUUGUAACAACGGAUGCUUAGAAAUCUCACAGUAAGGUACAAUUAAGCUACACUAGACUAAAGUGUAAAAAAUAUUUGUUACUUAAUAUACAGAUACGGGCAUUCUCUAAUUACUCAAGAGAGUAAUAUAUUAUCUCAAAUUUGUGUUUUUAGGAGCCUAAGUGCAAAUAAGUUAAAAAUGUAUUUUUUAACCUAAAAAUAGAGUAUUGCGCAGAAAUGGAUGCAGAUAUUAAUUCUUGUACAUCUUCAAAUUAUAUUAUUUGUGUAACGUGUAUGGGAUAAAUAUACAUUAUUUUCUCAGAAAAUUGCUAAUUUUGUCUACCU